CUCCCUGGGCGGGGAGCCUUUGCACAUUGCCCCCCAUCCCUGGCCUGGCCUGGGAGGAAACAUCUGUCGCACCCCCUGGCAGCAGAAAUGGGGUCAUGACCUCCAGAUGUGCUGGGAAGCGUCCAGCGCCUCCUCCUGGGGCAGCCAGGCCUUCCGGAUCUGUGGGGGCGGGGCCCGCCCCCUCCCCCCCAGUGACACAGGCCGCGAGGAAUGUCCUGGCCUCAAUGGACCCUGUGUGAAGCUGCCGGGUGGGGGGCAGAGCCCAAGAACACCCCCAAGGCAGGGCCAGAGCCCGGCACUGGGCCAGAGCAAGAGGCAGCCCGUGGGCUGUGCACGCACACACACAGAGCUCAGCCCACACGGAGCAGGGGCCUGCACAGACCCCUCCUUCAUGUCCCCUCUCACCCUCAUCACACACACCACAGCCCCGGCCCAAGAGCUUGGCACACGGGGCCAGGCCUGCAUCCGCCGCCACACACGUAACACAUAGCCAGCCUCGCUUGCUUCAACCUCCUUUCAAUUUCCCAGCAGUGUUGGGAGGGGACAGGAAUGGUUAACCCCAUUUUAGAGAUGUGAGAGCAGAGGCUCAGGCUCAGUAUCAGAGCUUGUCCUAGGAGAGACCUAGGGAGGAGGCACUCUGAGCUUUGCAGGCCUACCCUUGCUUGUUCUGGAGCGUCAGUUGAGGGGUGCACGGAGCCCCCGCCCCCACCUCCCCUUAGCCCAGCCGCACACAGUGUCACUGGGUGAUGCAUGCAGACCCACUGGUAGGUGCCUGCACCCCUAGUGGAGGGUCCCCACAUCCCCCCUGCAGCUGCCCACUCCAUCCUGGGUUCACCCAGGGGUGGCUCCCCCUCAUGUUCUCACACCACCUUUUGCACCUGCCCCUGGCCUCAGACACAUUUCCGUACUUCACAGGUCCCUGGGGCCUUGCGUGUCUCGGUCUUACAUCCUGUGAGACCUUCAGCUCAACCCAACCCCCCACUCACCCCACACCUACACACGCUAGAUAGGAGGGGGGAGGUACGGCACUGCUUAGGCCCUGGAGAUUGACAAACCCAAGUUCAAAUUCUUGCUGUGACAUAGAAUUGCUUCAGGCAAGAGCAUCUCUUUAUCUGGACCUCAGUUUGACCAUCUGUCACAUGGUUCAGACCUCCCUGUCAGCAUUCGUGAGGCCAGGUAGGCAGAGGUCCCCAUGGGUCUCAGUUCCAGCAAAGGGGCCCAGUCAGCAUGACUCCCUCCCAUGCCCCCAGUAUGGCCACAGUAGCCUGCAAGAGGGUGAACCCGGGCCUGUCCUUCAGCCCAGGGUGACUUGGGUCCCAUUACUGAGCUGGUAUGACCCCCAGCACCUUCCUCAGGAUGUGGGGCCAGGCAGGGGGCUGGGCCCAGAGUUGGGGCCACUUCCUGUGCUGAAGGACGUCCUUUUGCCAUUCCUGCUGUCCUGACAGUGCCCCCUGGGAACCCCUGUGGCCUUGAGGUAUUGAAGCCGUGAGGGCCAGGGCCUUGAGACCCAGCCUCUGGGUGCUCAGCUCCUCAGGGACCCUGGAGGAAGUGGGAGGGGCAGGGAGGAAGGUCUCUGGGGACAGGACGUCCUCCCUUUGUCAAGUGGGCAGGACCCAGACACCAGUGGCCCCACGGGUUUCCCGUCGCAGAUGAGACAAAUCAUCUGUCCGGUUGGGCCAGGCCUUGGUGGGGACCCUCACUCUGGGCCCAGGCCAAAGCCAAGGUGUAGGAGUGGGAACUAGAGGACCCUGGCAGCCCCAGGGCUGCCCAGGCUCAAGAGCCUCAGGGCCAAAGCCUCGACAGCCCACCCUGGGCCCUGCCCAGAGCUAAGCUGGAGAAGGGGUCUGGAAACCUAAGCCCCAGGCAGACGAGGAAGUGGCCAGGAAAGCGGAAGCGGCUUUGAUGGUCACGGAGGGGGCCGGAAGCCAACCGGCGAGGUGGAGGACCAGGCCGGGCUGGGUUCCUGUUUUCUCCCCAGGCCCCUCUGAGUAGCCCCCUCCUCCCCCAGGGCAGAAACCGGCCUGCCGGCUGGGCACCGAACACCCGUGCCCGCCAAUGCGGCCCGGCCCCCACGCCAGGCCCGCGGCACGCCCAUGUGGGCCGGCGGCGUGGGGAGCCCUCGGCGGGGCGUGGCCCCUGCGCCCACCGAUGACCUGUUCGCCCGAAAGCUGCGCCAGCCGUCCCGGCCCCCGCUGACGCCGCUCACCUUCGAGCCGAGGCCUGCCCGGGGCCCGCUCCUGCGCAGCGGCAGCGAUGCCGGCGAGGCCCGGCCCCCAACGCCGGCCAGCCCUCGCGCCCGGGCCCACAGCCACGAGGAGGCCAGCCGCCCCGCCGCCGCCGUCACCCGGCUCUUCACCGACCCGCUGGCCCUGCUGGGGCUGCCGGCCGAGGAGCCGGAGCCCGCCUUCCCGCCGGUGCCCGAGCCCCGCUGGUUCGCUCACUACGACGUGCAGAGCCUGCUCUUCGACUGGGCCCCAAGGCCGCGGGGGCCGGGGGGCCGCACAGAGUCCCGCUCUGGGACCCCCGCCUCCGCUGAGGACCAGACUGCUAGCUCGGACCUGCUGCUUGACGCGCCUGGCUUCGUGAGUGAGCUCGGGGGCGAGGGCGAGCUGGGCCUGGGUGGCCCUGUGUCCCCACCUGUGCCCCCUGCGCUGCCCAACGCGGCCGUGUCUGUCCUGGAGGAGCCACAGAACCGAACCUCGGCCUACAGCCUGGAGCACGCAGACCUGGGUGCUGGCUACUACCGCAAGUACUUCUAUGGCAAAGAACACCAGAACUUCUUCGGACUGGACGAGGCGCUGGGCCCGGUGGCAGUGAGCCUGCGGCGGGAGGAAAAGGAGAGCAGCGGAGGCGGCACUCUGCACAGCUACCGCAUCAUCGUGCGGACCACGCAGCUCCGGACCCUCCGAGGCACCAUCUCCGAGGAUGCGCUGCCGCCGGGGCCCCCGCGGGGCCUGUCCCCAAGGAAGCUUCUGGAGCACGUGGCGCCGCGGCUGAGCCCGACCUGCCUGCGCCUGGGCUCCGCUUCACCAAAGGUGCCACGCACGCUGCUCACACUGGACGAGCAAGUGCUGAGCUUCCAGCGCAAAGUGGGCAUCCUGUACUGCCGGGAGGGCCAGGGCUCUGAGGAGGAGAUGUACAACAACCAGGAGGCAGGACCGGCCUUCACGCAGUUCCUCACGCUGCUGGGCGACGUGGUGCGGCUCAAAGGCUUCGAGAGCUACCGGGCCCAGCUGGACACCAAAACGGAUUCCACGGGCACGCACUCCCUCUACACGACGUACCAGGACUACGAGGUCAUGUUCCACGUGUCCACAAUGCUGCCUUACACCCCCAAUAACCAGCAGCAGCUCCUGCGGAAGCGCCACAUCGGCAACGACAUUGUGACCAUCGUGUUCCAGGAACCCGGUAGCAAGCCCUUCUGCCCCGCCACCAUCCGCUCGCACUUCCAGCACGUGUUCUUAGUGGUGCGGGCGCAUGCGCCCUGCACCCCGCACACCUCCUACAGGGUGGCCGUGAGCCGCACCCAGGACACCCCGGCCUUUGGGCCAGCUCUGCCCCCUGGCGGGGGCCCCUUCGCAGCCAACGCCGACUUCCGGGCCUUCCUGCUGGCCAAGGCGCUCAAUGGCGAGCAGGCAGCGGGCCACGCAGGCCAGUUCCACGCCAUGGCCACGCGCACGCGCCAGCAGUACCUGCAGGAACUGGCCACCAAUGAGGUCACCACCACGUCGCUGGACUCGGCUUCGCGCUUCGGUCUGCCCUCCCUGGGUGGGAGGCGGCGAGCGCCCCCUCGGGGCCCGGGCGCCGAGCUGCAGGCGGCGGGCGCGCUGGUGUGGGGCGUGCGCGCGGCGCCCGGGGCGCGGGGCGCGGCCGGGGCCCAGGCGAGCGGCCCCGACGGUGGCGAGGUGCCCUGCCUGCUGGGCAUCUCGGCCGAGGCGCUGGUGCUGGUAGCGCCGCGCGACGGCCGCGUCGUCUUCAACUGUGCCUGUCGCGACGUGCUGGCCUGGACAUUCUCCGAGCAGCAGCUCGACCUGUACCACGGCCGCGGGGAGGCUGUCACGCUGCGGCUCGACGGGCCCCCCGGCCAAGCCGUGGGCGAGGUGGUGGCGCGGCUGCAGCUGGUGAGCCGCGGCUGCGAGACCCGGGAGCUGGCGCUGCCCCGCGACGGCCAAGGCCGCCUGGGCUUCGAGGUGGACGCCGAGGGCUUCGUCACGCACGUGGAGCGCUUCACCUUUGCCGAGACGGCGGGGCUGCGGCCCGGGGCGCGCCUACUGCGUGUGUGCGGCCAGACGCUGCCCAGCCUCGGCCCCGAGGCCACCGGCCAGCUGCUGCGCUCGGCGCCCAAGGUCUGCGUCACCGUCCUGCUCCCUGACGAGACCGGCCGGCCGCGCAGGAGCUUUUCGGAGCUGUACACACUGUCUCUGCAGGAGCCCAGCCGGCGGGGUGCCCCAGAGCCUGUGCAGGAUGAGGCCCCGAGGCUGGUCCUGCUGCCUGCCACAAAGCAGCUGCUACAUCUGUGCUUGAACGAUGGCGGUGGUCCUCCAGGGCCCAGGGACCUGGCGGAGGAGAGGACUGAGUUCCUGCACAGCCAGAACUCACCAUCACCCCACAGCUCCCUGUCAGACGAGGCCCCAGUCCUGCCCAACACCACCCCGGACCUCCUCCUAGCUACCACCGCCAAGCCGGCCACACCUAGCACUGGCAGGGAGACUCCCCCGACCCAGGACGGGCCAGGCAGCCCCAAUGGUUGUGAGGACAGGGACAACCCGGCCCCGGAGCUGAGGGCCUCCUUCCUGCCACGAACCCUGUCUCUGCGCAACUCCAUCAGCAAAAUCAUGUCAGAGGCAGGCAGCGAGACCCUGGAAGAUGAGUGGCAGUCCAUCUCGGAGAUCGCCUCCACUUGCAACACCAUCUUGGAGUCGCUGUCCCGGGAGGGACAGCCCAUCCCAGAGAGCGGAGAUGCCAAGGGAACUCCAAACUCUGAUGCUGAGCCAGAACCGGGGAACCUGUCGGAGAAGGUCUGUCACCUGGAGUCCAUGCUCAGGAAGCUGCAGGAUGACCUGCAGAAGGAGAAGGCAGACAAGGCAGCCCUGGAGGAGGAAGUGCGGAGCCUGCGGCACAACAACCGGCGGCUGCAGGCUGAGUCGGAGAGCGCGGCCACCCGCCUGCUCCUGGCCUCCAAGCAGCUAGGCCCGCCCACCGCCGACCUGGCCUGAGCCGCCUGGUCCAGCCUCAGCCUGCCCGUGGACCUGCUCCGAACUGCCCAGGACCUUCAGGGCCCCGGGGCACACCGGGCCCUGGCCUUCCUCAGGAACUGCCCCCGCGCAUAGGCGCAUCUUAGCACUGCCCCCACUGCCCGGCCCAUUAUUUGGUGGCGAAGUUGCCCUUGCCACAUCCCUGUUUGUAAAUAUUCUGUGGAGAAAAUAGGACUUCAAGGAGUAAAGAAACCACUGCUAUUUGUGUCUGUA